AUGGAAUUUCCUGCACUCCAUAUUGUUGAACCCCAAAGCACCCAUACACAUACAGUCAUCCUGUUACAUGGGCGUUCUAGUGAUGGCGUCGAAUUCGCCGAAGACCUCUUUGACUCACAGACUUCCGACAACAAGAGCCUCGCAGCUCAUUUCCCUAGCUGUCGCUGGGUAUUUCCCACAUCUCGAGAUCGGUGGAGUUCGGUUUUCAGAGAAGAGUUGACCGCUUGGUUUGAUGUGUAUUCUCUGUCAAAUCCUUGCGAGCAGCAGGAUCUUCAGGUUGAUGGCCUAAGAGAAUCUACCCUAUACAUCCUUGAGAUUGUGAAUCGAGAAAUCGACCUUCUUGGUGGAAAAUCUGAAAGAGUUUUUCUCGGCGGCAUUAGUCAAGGCAUGGCAACGGCUCUCUGGGCAUUACUCUGUUCACCCGGACGAAUCAAAGGGAGAAUCGGCGCCUUUUUUGGAAUGUGCGGGUGGCUUCCAUUCGCGAACAAGAUACAAGAUUUGCAAUUAUCUGAUGAGGCUGCAACACAGACGGCGAGGUCGAUGAUACCAAAAAUUUUUCUGGAUAUCAUCCAAUGCGAAGGUCCUCAAGCCAGCGUAGUCGAGGCUGAAACCAUGCUCUCUACCCCUCUGCUAUUAUUGCAUGGAACUGAUGAUGCAUGGAUUGAUGUAGAACUAGGUCGACAGGCACAGGCAUGUCUAGACAAGUUGGGAAUGAAGGUGGAUUGGAAGGAGUAUCUGGGAGCAGAGAAUGAAGGGCACUGGAUAAAGCAACCUGAAGGCCUUGAUGUACUUGUGCAAUUUCUGGAAGCUACUUGGGGUGGGCGAUAG